GGCAGCUGCGAGGCGUGGGGGCGGCGGCGACGGCGGCCAAGGCGGUGGCUGUGGCUGUGGCGCGGCGACGCCUGCACCUUAGUCGGGGUCAGUGCUCGUUUGGGCCCGGUUGCAGGCUUCAUGGAGGCAGCGGCAGGCGGAGGCUGCGGCUCUGGGCUGCCGCUGCUGCUGAGCGAGGGCGAGCAGCAGUGCUACUCGGAGCUCUUCGCACGCUGUGCGAGCACUGCGACCGGGGGCCCCGGGACCGGGCUCCCUGAGGCCGCCAGGGUCGUUCCAGGAGCCGCCACCGCGGCUGCUGGUCCCGUGGCUGACCUGUUCAAGGCGUCGCAGCUGCCCGCUGAGACGCUGCACCAGAUCACAGAACUGUGUGGUGCAAAGCGGGUUGGUUAUUUUGGUCCAACUCAAUUUUAUGUUGCUCUGAAAUUAAUUGCUGCGGCACAGUCUGGCCUCCCUGUGCGGAUAGAGAGUAUUAAAUGUGAAUUGCCUCUGCCUCGCUUUAUGAUGUCAAAGAAUGAUGGUGAUAUACGAUUUGGGAACCCAGCUGAGCUGCAUGGAACUAAGAUUCAAAUUCCAUACUUAAACGUGGAGAAAAAUUCCGUCAAAAGAAUGAAUGAUGAGGAGAAACAGCAGGACACACAGUCUCCCACGGUGUCACCGCUCACCUCCCCUCCUUCUUCCCCGCCUCAUUACCAGCGGGUGCCCUUGAGCCAUGGCUACAGCAAACUGCGGAGCAGCGGGGAGCAGAUGCAUGCAGCUCCAUACGAAGCAAGACAGCCGCCGCAUGUGCAGCCAGAGGGCCCCUCAUCCGGGGGCCCAGGGACCAAGCCCCUGCGGCACCAGGCUUCUCUUAUCCGGUCCUUUUCAGUGGAGAGAGAACUGCAGGAUCACAGCAGUAGUUAUCCCGACGAGCCCUGGAGGAUAACAGACGAGCAGCGGGAGUACUAUGUCAACCAGUUCCGGUCCCUGCAGCCUGACCCCACUUCCUUCAUCUCAGGUUCUGUGGCCAAAAACUUCUUCACGAAAUCAAAGCUUUCCAUUCCAGAACUCUCCUAUAUAUGGGAGCUUAGUGAUGCUGACUGUGAUGGUGCUCUGACCCUGCCCGAGUUCUGUGCUGCGUUUCAUCUCAUUGUGGCCCGGAAGAACGGCUACCCCCUGCCUGAGGGCCUGCCUCCGACUCUGCAGCCAGAGUACCUGCAAGCAGCUUUUCCUAAGCCUAAAUGGGAGUGCACAUUAUUUGAUUCUUAUUCUGAGUCAAUGCCAGCAAACCAACAGCCUCGUGACUUGAAUCGGAUGGAGAAGACAGCUAUUAAAGAAUUGGCUGACUUUCCUGCCCCUACUCAAGAUGUGACUGGUGAUGACAAACAAGCUUUGAAAAAUGCUGUCAAUGAAGCUUUACCAAAAGACGCGUCUGAGGAUUCAGCAACUCCUAAGGAUUCCAACAGUCUCAAAGCAAGACCAAGAUCCAGAUCUUACUCUAGCACUUCCAUAGAAGAGGCCAUGAAAAGGGGUGAGGACCCUCCCACCCCACCACCGCGACCACAGAAAACUCAUUCCAGAGCCUCCUCCUUGGAUCUGAAUAAAGUCUUCCAACCCAGUGUGCCAGCCACUAAGUCAGGACUGUUACCCCCACCACCUGCGCUCCCCCCGAGACCUUGUCCAUCACAGGCUGAGCAAGUAUCUGAGGCUGAGUUACUCCCACAGCUGAGCAGAGGUCCUUCACAGGCUGGAGAAAGUAGUCCAGCAAAGAAGGAUGCACCAUAUUCUCAGCCCCCUUCAAAGCCCAUUCGUAGGAAAUUCAGACCUGAGAAUCAAGCUACAGAAAACCCAGAGCCUUCUGCCAUUGUAAGUGGGCCAGCUUCGACAGCAACAGUGAAGCCUCAUCCAAUGGUCCAGAAGCAGUCUUCCAAACAGAAGAAGGCCAUUCAGACUGCCAUCCGCAAAAAUAAAGAGGCCAACGCAGUGCUGGCCCGCCUGAACAGUGAACUUCAACAGCAGCUCAAGGAAGUUCAUCAAGAACGGAUUGCAUUGGAAAAUCAAUUGGAGCAGCUUCGUCCAGUCACUGUGCUGUGACCUCCCAAGGUUCCAGUGACAGUGGGUGACCUUGUCUGCCAAGAUGUUUUCUUCAACGCUUUGAGCCCAACUACUUGUUAUAGAUGUCUGACUAUGUCAAAGCUGUGAGCAGCAGAAUAUAAUCUGUAUGACCUUUUCUGUUGCACUUCACUUGUACAUUUCAAUGUGGUAGAAAAAAUGCUUCAACUGAUUAUCACACUUGAAAUUAUAAUGAAGAUCAGUGAAAUUUAUCCCCAUUUCGAAGUACUUUCUCAAGGUGUUAGAUGCUGCUCCCUACCCUAAAUCACUCCUUUAGCAAAUACAAAUAAUUUAGAGCAUUAUUUAUUUAAAGAGUUUAUGAUUUGUACGAAAUCUUUAACCAAGUACCUACAGGAUGCUUGUUUUAUUUUUGUAUGUAUACUACAUACAUGCAGUUGGUUUCCUGAAUAAUAAGGUUUCCAACUUGAUAGUCUUUGGCAUGAUGAUAAUAAAAACAAAAGUUAAAAUGAAAAGCAUCAGAUUUUGCUUGGCACUGUGCCCUCCACCACUAUAUGCCAAAAAUUGCUUCUCUAGUGCCAUUUUAUAUUAUAUCUAGCUAUAAAUAAUACAUAAUUGUUGUUUUCUAUUGAAUGUCAAAUACUUUUGGGGUCUUUACAACUUUGUGAGUGAAGAACGUGUCAGUGAGCUAUUUAAUUUGGCUAGUAUAGCCCAUCAAUGCAGAUCACUCAGUCCUUUCAUGUCAAUUUUUGUGCAAGAAGCCAUCUACUUUAACUGUCUCAGUGAUCAAAUUAAAUAAAUAUUGCAAGAUAUCUACUUUUAUCCUGCAUGAGAUAACAUACCUAUAAAUGCAUGAGUUUGGAAGCCACCAUCAGCUGUGAAAGGCUGCUGAGACAGUUUGAAUGGAUAAAUAUUUGUUGUUUGAACCCAGGUAUACAGACUGGGGAAGAAAGGACUGGCUUUAGCAUCAAUCCAGCAAUCUCUCGUAGUUACUUUUGUCCUUAUCAUAACCCAGAUGCUGAAUGUAUUGGAGAUAAAGAAAUAAGAAAAGAAAGCAGACCUCACACUGGACAUUUGACUCUUUUGGUCUCUGUGAAGUUCACCCUGGGGAAGUAAUUGGAUUCUGUCAGGCUCAAGAUGAGCUCAGCUAACUUCAGUGCUGGUGGUGCAAAGCAGUUAGCUUAAAUUGAAGAAGCUGUUGUCCUGUAGAAAUGCAUUUAGCUGCUGUUUCCCCUAGAGCCCUAGUUGGAAUGGGGCCGGCCCUACAGAGUCAGAGGUUACUGAUUUUCCUCCCAGGGGUGUCAGCUUUAACCUCACUUUCAGAGAUCAUCAAUGUCUGGAAGUGUUGCCUUUUGUAUAUUUUACUAAUUUAGCCAUUCUUAUGAUACUAGAAUUGGGUAUAUCUAGCACUUUUAUGAAGUUUUUUUUGGAUAAGUUUGCAAUAUGUGAUAUGAAGUCUUUGGUUUCACAAGUUUAGAGCUUUUAGAAAAAGUGGGCAUUUGUUGAAUGUUUUCUUACUUCAUUGGCAAGCUUUAUCUGUUACUUGAUGGCAGAAGCAAAAGGCUUAAACACAUGAUUUUUUUUUUCAAAGAAAAGCACAAUCUAUUCCGUGCAUAUCUGAGGGUUUUGAAUCAUUGUGUGUGUGCAUAUGAGAGAGAGCCUGAAACUUGAACUGUUUCUCUGUUUCUCGGCUGUCCUUCACAUUUCUCUCUCUGUCCACGGCCGCCUUUUUUGUUCGGGUGGGGUAAGAUUGGGAAUGAGUUUAAAAAUGUCCUAAGAUCGUGAAUGGGUCAAUGCAGGUUUUCAAGUAACCUCAUUUCUCAUGUUCCGAGGUCUGGAGGCUGCAACAAAUUUGAUCAAGUCUUCUCAUUGCAGAUAUUUUACAGCAUGUUUCGUUUUUGGUACAUCCUAUCCAGGAAAGACCAGCAUAUGCACUUUACCUCAUAAUCUCCUGGAACAUAUGUACUCACUCAGAAUAGCACUUCAUAUCUGCUAGCCAGACAUAUGAACUAAGGAAUGUUAGUCUAUACUAUGCAUUUAAAAAUAUUGAUGUGCUGUUUUCCCAUGAAGCCAGUGACAAAGUGAGCCAAAUUAGGAGG